AUGUCGUACAAUCCUACGUAUGGAGGGCAGUUUCAAGGGCUCCGUGGCGCAGCACAGAAGACUUCCGGAAACAGCGGCACAUCAAAAGUCGCGGGGAAGACUGCAGGCGGUGCUUCUGGAACGGGAGGAUCACCUGCAUCGAACGGAGGCAACACCGAGCCUGGUGACAAAGUAAUAGUGACUCUGGGCGGGCUGAAGCAGGUUAAACUGGACGCAAUUAAAGAGGAUGAUGAAAGGUACUUCAUCGUCGUGGGUCUCUUCGAAGGCGACGACCUGAAUGCAGUUGUAAAUCACAAGCGGAAUAGAACGAAAGCCGUGAAAGGCCAGCUCGUUGGGGAGAAUUACAUGUGUUCUUUUUCUGGAGAGAAGAUAAUUUUGCCGAUCGCAGAUCCAAAAAAACGGUUUUUACUUUACAUCUGCGCUGUCACAAUCACAAAAGGCACAGAUGAACAGGGCAAGGUGUUCAAGGAUAUCUCACUCAUGGGCAUUGGAUUUUCUCAAACUUUCGAGGUAGAUGUGUGCAAGAAGUACCAACAUACUACAGCCGAGCUGCGCCUUGUGGAAGGAGGUGAUCCUAGCAUCAGUCCCGGCAAACUCGAACUAACGGUCGACGUUUGUAAAGGGGAUAAGGGAGAAGCGGUUCCAGAGGACGUGGAGGAGAGCAUCAUGGCUCAAUUUCAGGGCUAG